AUGGGUGGCUAUCCAGAUGAAGUUCUUUUUAAGAAGCUAACAGUGAUCUACGGCUCAAAUGGUAGUGGUAAAACGACACUGGCAGCUAUUUGUCGUUCGAUGACGAGUGGUGAUCCUGGUGGUAUAGUGAAACGUAAAUCAGCUAUUCAGUAUUCACCCAAUUCAACAGCAUUUACUGCAGCAGAUACUUCAAAUAAAACCGUCUCCACGUUACCAUCUUCGCAAUCAAUUGAAAUUCUCGAUUAUGAUGGAACUGUUUACAAAUACGAAAAGGAGAAAUGGAGUAAAAUUCAUCCGAACAUUCAAAUAUUUGACAGUCAUUUUUGCCAGAAAUUCUUUGCAAGUCCAAAGCCACCACUUAACUUAUGUAGUGGCGAUCGAUUUACGAUGCUACGAAAUGAAACUAAAGCUAGCAUUCUUCAGAAUUGGAAUGUAUCGGAAAACAAGAGUGUUGAGGCGACGCCGAUACAACUUAGUGAUGAAAUUAUUCAAGAGCAGAAGAAAAAGGUAGAAGGUGAGUCCGACAUUCACCAAAAUAGAACUAUUGCAUAUGAUAUAAAUACAAAAAAUUCUCUGGUAACAUCAAAGCCAAUUAAUGCAGAGUUUCUCAGUGAAGGUGAUCGUAGUGCUAUUGCUCUAGCAUGUUUUCUGACGAAACUUGAUUAUGCUAUUGAGGACUCAUCAAAUCCAGCGACGAGACCGACAUUAGUCUUUGAUGACCCGAUUACAAGUUUUGAUUCUCACAGACGAGACGUAACAAUUGAAAUUAUUCGUGAUCUAUUAUUUAAUGAUGCUAUCUUACAAGCUAUUGUUCUCAGUCACGAUGCACAUAUUUUGAACGACUUACUCAUCAGUGUGAACAAGAAGCAGGAGAACGAUGACAUUAAAAUUGUUACAACAGCUGAAUUUGAAGUAAAGAUUAAUGAUAUCGAAAAAACAUCAAGUUUAGUGUAA